CCACCCAUAUACAUUCCCACUCAUAACGAGGUGGAACCAUCCGGCAAGUCAUGCUCGAUUACCUACCAAACUUGAAGAUAUACAGCUUCUAUUGGACCAACGGUCGGAAGCACAAUUUCAAUGGACACCAUAUGAGGAUCUGACAAUUCGGGUAGUAAUACCGGAAGAGUUUUUACAAAAUUUGAACGCUUGGCACGUCAAAGUCGUACUGAUCAACUUCGCAACCGUGGAGCCGCACCAGACAGACAGAGUGCUACGACAGUUUGGAUGUAGACAACCGAUUCUCGUGGACCCUGAGGAGUUUGACGAUCACCACAAAAUCGACCUUCGGCUAUUAGGUACGGAUUGGCCUAGAUACUGGUCCAGGUACAUAGAAAUGUGGGAAAAUCGGCAUGAAUAUCAACCUACUCGGGAACCAAUCAUCGUUCCGGAGUUAGGGUGCGUUCCAGAAUACAUGCCAUGGUUUAGGAUCCAUUGCAAGCCGUAUUUACUGACGCCAGAGAAGAAGCAGCGGCAAAUACGUGUCGGAAGGGAAAUGCGCGGGCCUCUAAAUCCAAGUGGACAAGACUACGAAGGCAACCCCUCAACGAGGCCCAGACAGUCACCCAGCUCAUCAUCAGCGGCCAUGCAAUCACCGUCCCGCACGAGAGCACCGACGCAGUCACCUGACGCAGCAAUUCAACCGAUGAUACCCACGCAACCGCCUUUUCAGAUGAUGCCAGGUGCGUUUUCUAGCCCUUAUAUGUACCCUAACCCUUACAUGUAUCCUUUUUCCGAAUCCUAUGGCAGGUUGGAGCCAAAUGCCCGGUUCAGCUCCAUUUCCUGUUAUGCCGAGCGGACCACCGAUAUAUAGGCCAGCGGCACAGGAGGGAUCCCAAGGGGGCUGUCGGGGAGCUCUCAUUUUUACCAAUCCCCACCAAUGUAUGGCUUUCAAACACCGUCGCCGUUCAUGAUGCAAACACCUCCACAUACACUAUUCUUUGAAGGUGGAUCAUCGUCCCAAGUCCGACAACCAGAUGCCGAACCGGAAGAACCAGAAUCAGCACCGGAGGAAGAACAACCGCCGCCGGAAGCUAGAGGAAGGAGGAAUCCAGUGCGUAACCGUCGACGGCCGCCAUGUGGAAUUGAAUCCCCCGGGCAUAGACAUUGAUUGCCGUAUUUAAAUUUAUUAUUUGAUGUAAUAAAAUAGAAGUUUAUUUGAUGUAAUAUGCAUAGAAAGUUUUUCGAGUUAUUUUGAUAUUAUUUGAUGUAAUAAAAUAGAAGUUUAUUUGAUGUAAUAAAAUAGAAGUUUAUUUGAUGUAAUA